AUGAUCGCCAAAUUGACCACCCUCCCGAGGGAGCUCCUUAUCAAGGUCCGGGCCGCAGUGGCGCCCUUUGUCUUCCACACGGUAACCUUCACCGCCGGCGGGCCCACCAGCACUGCGGGUUCAGCGCUUCUGGCGGUGCGGAAAUAUGGCGCUCUAAUUCGGGAGCUGAGGGCUGUGGUGCCCUUCCCAAACUGCACCAAGGAGGAUUGCUGGUGCAGAGAAGAUGGAGUUAAAAAGCACAAGGGUCAACGGAUUCCGACAGACGACGACCUCGCCGAGGCCGACGCGGACGAGCGGGGCCGCUGGCUUAGCCCGGAUGCUGCGACGCUCCUCGCGGGGGACCGCGCCAUGCUGCCGGGCCGGCCGCGGCUUACCCUGUGCUUCCUGGCAAACGUCGCUAAAAAUCGCCACAGCAGGGAAAUCUUCGAGCUCGCCGAGGGUGGUGACGAAAAUAUAUUCGGGAGCCGCUUGGCCGAGGCGAGCAACCGUCGCGUGGGUGCUGUGCUGGAAGCGCUGGCCAAAGGGCAGUAUAGCCAGAAGCAGCAAGGCGCGGCGGAACGGAACGGAGCGUUCACUGCCCUGAGGAUUCUCAACCUCGCGCCGCCAGUCGACCUUGACGUGUUUGACAGCGAGCCAUGGCGGUGGUUUCUCGGCGGCAUUAAUGAUUUCGAGCUGAGCCUGUGGGGCCAAAGUGAGCGGGAUUUUAUCAUGAAUUUAACCUCGAUCGGGAGCGAUGUGGAUCUCACAUCUGAAGAAGACGAGCCCGCCGCCGCUGAGGCCGCCAACAGGGGGCCCGUCGACAGCUUUGCCGACUUUUUCAACGCGUUGGUCCGCGCCCGCGUCCCCAUCAGCCGGCUGCACGUCGACCGGACGGACAGUAAGAGCUACAGAUCGAGGAAAGAUGUCGCGCCUCGGCAGAAAAGGCCCAAAGUGCCGGUUUUUGCAUAUUACACAUGCGAGGGAGGAUCCAUCCACCUGGCGGACGGAUUUGUAAAAAGUUUUGCCUCUGUAUAUGAACGCGAUAGGGUUGCAUAUGAUCGACUGAAUGCUUGGGUGGAAAAGGUCAGGAGGUCGGGCACAUCGUGGGAGGGCGGGGCAAGCAGGUCUGGGGAAUCAGACAAUGAGAGUUUCUAG